UUUUUAGUGAGAGGGAAAGAGAGAGAUUGAAAAAGAGCGAAAGAGGAGCAUAGAAAAAAUGAAUGCCUUGCUUUAAUUAGAAUAGAAUGGUAUCCUGCUGCUGAUGUUGCUGUUGCUAAACUGUCGUCUUUUGCAGAUUCUUAAUUAUAUUAUGCCGCCGCCUUCACCACGACCGAUGGAAUUGUAUAAUAAUAAUUCAUUAAAAAGUUGAUCUACCUAAUUAUAUUAUCAUUAUAAUUAUACCUGUAUUUUGUUGCUUUAUUGUGACUCAUUUUUGUAUAUGUGUACAAUAUUGAUUUUGUGACAUAUUAUCAUAGUGUUUUGUUCAUUGAAUUUUUAACAACUACUUUAGGUCAAGAACUUUGCUGGUCCGACUACUGUUACUGUUGUUACAUAAUUGUCAAAUUUGUUUUCUCUCUGUUCAUUAUACAACUACAUAAAUAUGGAUUCGGAUGACCAAUAUGAUGAAGAAGAAUUACAUUCCUUCUUGUUGACCGAGAUACGUUCUGGUUUAAAUUUGGACAAUGAAACAUUGGAAGAAUCAUGGAAGUCUUUCCGUUCAAUUAGUGUCAAAUAUAUUCUUGAAGGGGAUAAAAUGGAUUGGCUUGCAUGUGCAUUGUACAUUUCAUGUCGGAAAUGCACAACACAAACGGGUCGUGGACAGACUCGUAUCGAAGGCAAUAUGGUCUCUUUGACUCGAAUUCUUCGUACCUGUAACAUCAGUCUUGUACGGUUUUUCAAUAAAAUUAAAAAUUGGAUCGAUAUGGCUGGUUCUUCCGUUGAUUUAAGAAAAAAGAUUGAUCAAAUUGAGAAAAAUUUUAAUGUCACUUCAGUUAUAUACAAAAAAUAUAAGCCGAUAUUUGAGGAAGUGUUCAAAUGUCCUGUGCCUCCGUGUAGAUUCAGCCCGAAAAAUCGUAAAAUUCGCAAGCAACCAUUGAAUUCUAUGGAUAUUUUUACGUUUUGUUGGACAUUGUUCGUUUUUGUCAAAUCUCGUUUUGCCAAAAUCGGAGAUGAUUUGGUAAACUCUUAUCAUUUACUACUCGUUUGUGUCGACUAUUGUUUUUCAUCGGUACUUUCAUUCGACAAUUAUCGUGAUAUUGUCAACACAAAUUUUUAUGAUAAGCUAACAAAAGAGUUGAAAAAUGAUCUCCGAUCAUUGAACAACGAUGAACGGGUUUCCAUUAUCGAUACUCUUUGUGAAAAAUUCAAUGGCAUCCCUGUCGAAGUUAAGCAUAUUCGGCAACAUUGGUUCAAAUCUUUGCUAAAUAGAUUGAGUGACAACAACAAUCUUCGUAAACGAACCAAUGGUAUUAUUGACAACGAUGCCAUUGAUUUUAAUUUCAAAUACAUUAAAAAAGAAUACGAAGAUUUCGUCUUGACCAUUGGCGAUUUCGAUGAAUGUAUCUUUCUUAAUGAAGAGGCCAGCAAAGAACUUGGAACAGCAGAACUUCAAUCGCAGUUUGAUAUUGAAGAAAAAUUAUUUCAGCAACAAGUAUCGUAUGAUACUUCCAAAGAUACAUUGGUUCCGGCAACACCGUUAAGCUCCAGACAAUAUCUUGCCUCAAGAACACCUGUCAACAAUAUAUUGACCCCGAUUUCCUCAGCAACAACAUCAAUCAGUCGGUUGCAUUCGAUAUUACAGAAUCAUAAAAAUGAACCGAGCAGAGAUUUGCAACGAAUCUUUGAAAUGUGUGACAAAGAUCCUCAGACGAAAAUCAAGGACAUUAUUAAAAAAAUGGGCAAUGUAUUUGCUGAUGCUUAUGCCGAGAGUAAUCAAGAUCAAUCAAUAAUUCGGUCAAAUGAAGAAUUUCAAUGCAUUAUGACGUCUGGACGAGAAUUUGCCAACAAACGUCGUGUUUUUGCUGAAACAUUUUUUUAUUUUAUAUUUGAAAAAAUUUUAAAAGGUGAAUUAUCGAAACGAAUACCUCAAUCGAAUAUAACGCAAUCAUUGUCAAAAAUGGUCUCGUCUGAAUUAUUGAUUCGUUCUUUGUACGCUUGUUCAUUGGAGAUAAUUCUUUUUUCUUAUAAUAUAUGCAACCGCGUGUUUCCAUGGAUUUUACAGAUUUAUGAUGACCAUCCACAGCUCAAGAUUCCACCCUUUUUCUUCUAUAAAGUUAUCGAGCCAAUCAUCCGAGAAGAACAAGGACUAUCGCGUGACAUUGUCAAACAUUUGAAUACGAUUGAAGAAAAAAUUCUCGAUUGUCUUGCAUGGACAAAGGAUUCUCCAUUAUGGAUUUUGCUGUCGAAAACUCCUUCGCCUACUUAUGCCGAAGUUUCAUUGGAUUUGUUCAACCAAGAUGGUGGUGAAAACACUGCACCAUUUAUGAAAUCGCCGGUUAUUCGUUCUGAUUCGAACAAUUUGAUGAACGCUGUUUAUACUGGUUUUUCUGAAAGUAAUGUCAAACGGCAAUUGUUCACCAACGGCAAUGCCGAUGCUUCAAAGAGUAUAUCGCCACAGACUCAAAUAUGUCACGAUGUAUCGGUCAUACGUUCGGCCAAAUCUAUUAGUCAAACAAAUACGCCGGUCAAGCAAGAAAUCGAUGAGAACCUAGUUCCUAGCCCAAAGUCUUCAAUAUUGUCCACACCAGUCAACAAAAAUCAACGAAACUCUCAAAUUGCACUCUUUUUCCGUAAAGUAUAUUCAUUAGCAUCACAUCGAUUUCAUGACCUAUAUAAAAGAUUACAAAUAACAUCUGAUGAUGUUAAAUGCAAAAUAUGGACUUGUUUCGAGAAUGCUAUACAAGCACAUACUUAUCUAAUGUGUGAGCAUCAUCUGGAUCAGAUAAUAAUGUGUUGCAUCUAUGCUCUGUCACGAAUCAAUAUAAACGGCGAUCGUAGCAUUCAAUUCGGAAAUAUUAUAAAUGAAUAUCGAUUUCAACCACAAGGUUCGAGUAUCAUAUAUCGAAAUGUUUUGCUAUCUGUUUUGAAAAAACCUGAUGCCAACAGUGAGCAACAGCAAUCGGAAACGGCUGCUUCCAGUUCACCUGAAACGAAUGGAAAAUUUGGUUCUGUAAUCGACUUUUAUAAUAAAAUAUUUUUACCCAAUCUUACAUUAACAUACAUAUUACAAUUCUCUUCUGAGGAAAAGAAUCUGAAUGUCAAAUUAUCCCCAAUGCCUAGAGAUAAAUUUGCAUCGUCCAAUAUUCAAUCACCAUUGCGUUGCGUUCCAAAUUAUCCGGUUUUUGUAUCACCAUUACGUAAAUCUAAAUGUGCAUCACCUAGCAAAAAUAUUACCUAUCGUUUCCAGAAUAAUUUGACUACAAGUAAAGAUUUGGAACAGAUUAACAAUAUGAUGAAAUCAAGCACUGCUGCUGCUGCUGCUGCUGCUCAUAAUCCUCAUAUAUCCUCAUUGACGUUGCCGAGUAGUAACUUUGGUAAUCAUAAUAGCCAUCAUCGUAACAUAAAAGCAUCGAUUGCAACAGCCAUGAUUUCUAUGUCUUCGCUGGGUGGUGGUGCCAAACGAAGUGUUUCGAAACGAAUUUUACAAGAUGAUAAUGAAAACGGUGAUAGUCUGGGUGCAUCUCCCAAAAAAGUGCCCCGUAGGAUCAAUCUUAAGAUUCGUGAAAUUUUUUCUGAACGGCGAAUAAUGAGUGCAUCUUCAUCUGCCAAUGCAAGCACUAGUGUUAGUGGCGAUGAAUCCAACGAUUCGAUUCAAUUCAAUAAUACAAGCGCUAAUGGUAAUGUGAACAUUUUGGCCAGUAAGAUGGAAAUCAGUAAUAAAGUAGAUGGUCGUCACCAUCAAGAAUCGUCACAUUCUACAUUUGAAAGUGAUGAUCACACAGCAAUCUCCCAAAUCGAUCCAUCAAUGGUUCAGCCGGCUCAAAAACAACAGCCAAUUUUACAACCGGUUGUCGCACAAAUUAUUCAACAGCAAUCAAAUGGCGAUAUUGGAUCGACAGCUUCAACCGCUACUAUUGUUCAUCAUCAAAAUGUUAUCGUGCCAGUAACGACCAUUACCAGCAAUCUAAUCCGAGCUGAUUAGAAAGAUUUUAGCAGAACAUGACAAAAAAUUUCGAAUAUUAUCUUUUUAUUUGUUUGUGAAAUCAUUUGUUAACUUUUUUAAUAUUCUGGUAUUUUUUUUUAUUGAUCCACAUCAAAUUAUCAUCAACAUUAUUAUUUACAUAUUUCGGUAGAUAUAAAUCGAAUCCAAAUUUUUCAAAUCAGAAUAUAAUUUCAGGUUUUUUAUUUUUUUUGUGAGUAGUUUUUAAUAUCAUCAUAUUCAUUCAAACAUUUAACAUACAGAAUCUAUUACACUUGUGUUAUCAUAUUUACA